GUCAUAUAUAUUCUGUUCAGCCUGCUCACACAUCCUCUGACUUUCCCAUGAGAUGAAUAGGUCUUGUUACUAGUCACUGGGCAUCUCUGCUGGGGGGGGUUGAAGCUGUCCGUUGCAUCAAUGAGCCUGUUGAUCAGAAAAGACCACUAGACUGGUAAUGACACAGUUCACUGAUCAGCUCAGGAGAAAAUAAAACCCAGCUUUCACCUUCUUUCCUUCUUAAGCAGGACGUUGAUGCUGAUUUUUCAGUCUACCUCAGAUACUGACACCUGUCUGGACCAGCAAUGAUUUGGACCACAGCUCUCCUGAUGAUUGUCGCUUGGUGUGCUGCUUCAGAGGACUACUGUUACAACGAACCUCACUGUGACCCUUAUGCAUGGGGAGACUCUUUCCCUUCAUGCCACCCUUUACUUGAACUCCAUCACUCUCCCAUCAACUUGGACCAUCACAUGACUAGAAACGACUCCCUCGGGCCUUUGCAUCUGGAGGGUUUUGACGUGAUCCAAUCAGGUCACUGGACACUCACUAAUGAUGGACAUUCUGUUGUGCUUCAGGUUGGCAGCGGCAUGGCAGUGAGUGGUGGAGGACUUCCAGAUGUUUACUACACCAUCCAGCUGCACUUCCACUGGGGAGGUCCAGCCACUAACGGUUCUGAGCAUACAGUGGACAGACGCAGAUACCCAAUGGAGAUGCACAUAGUCAAUAUGAAGUCAGUCCACCCAAACAUGUCUGCGGCUUUGGACGAUCCAACUGGGAUUGCUGUUCUUGGCUUCUUCAUUGAUGUUGUUUAUGCAGACAAUGUGCACUUUGGACACAUAUCCCAAAAACUGUCUUCUGUUGCCUAUAAAGGCCAAACAGCUAAAGUCAAACCCUUCCUGCUGAUGAGCCUUCUACCAAAGCACAACAUGAGUCAGUAUUACCGGUAUUAUGGCAGCCUCACCACCCCACCAUGUUCUCAAGCCGUUGUCUGGACUUUGUAUGAGGUCCCCAUCUACAUCUCAUGGUCCCAACUGGCUCAGUUUACCUCACAGAUCUUCUCCACAGAGGAAGAUGCAGAGCAGGUGACACCUCUGCAAAACAACUUCAGGCACAUCCAUCCCACCUUCAGUCGCACCGUAUCUGCCUCGAAAGAUGCCAAAAUCCUCAGAGGGACAUCAGGUCAGCCCCUCAGGUCAGCAGUAUCACUGCAUCUGCUUCAGAUCAUCUUACUGGGAAGCUUCAUCCCUGGACUUUAGCACUGUAAUGCCACAUAACACUAAAAAAGAAGUCAUUUCUUUACUCUAAGAAUGCUGUGCUCCCUAGAUUUAUAUAGCACAUGUAGGAAUGUUACAGUGGGUUUCUCUGUUCUAGGGAUCAAAUUGUAUUUUAUUCCUUUGAAAUAUAACAGAAGGGUUAACAAAUGUAAAGACAAUACUGAACUGGGGAACAUGGUUUGUAAGAAGGUUAAUUUUACAAUUCAUUGAACCCAAAACAGUAUUUAGAUGAAGUUCGGUAACCAUAUAAGUUUCUUGUUUGAUCAUGAGGUACACUGGAAAUUUAUACCAGCAAAUAGUGAAUAUAAAAGGAAGAAAACUGUGAAGUAAAGUACUGUAAAUGUUAUUUAAUGAUCCAUGAGUCUACAGUUAUGUCAUGACUAAAUUAGCACUUUGCUAACAGUCUAUGGUGACAUGAAGAGACGUGGGUUAAAAUUAUUUUUUGUUUCGUCUUUGCAACCAUUUAUAUAUGCAUCUAUAACCCAAAGGCAUGUGCACUCAUUAAAAAAAGGUAAAAUGCUAACAUAAAUGGUAGGUUUUGUUUGUUUAUUUUAUUAUUUUUACUUUUGGUCAACAUUGUAUGUAACCCUUUAUCUUUAUAUGUUUGAUCAUUAGAUGUAGUAUUGAACAAAUAUUUUAAAUCAGUGGUGGUAGGAAAAAAAAAGGAUAAGAUCAAAUAUGACCCAUUCCUGAAAAAGCUGGUCUUUAUAAAAUAAAGCUAAGUCAUUUACCCUCUAUAUGCGGAUGAAAGUUAUACAAACACCAUGUGUGUAAUGUUAAGACUGAGAAAUUUCAUUGCAUUAAAAAAUAUUAAACUAUAUAUGUGAGAAUUUCAAACUGCAACUGUCGUUUGUCAGAUACCAAAAUCAUUCCGAGUGCUGUUAAAAGAAGUGGAUCAUUUUUCCAGUAAUUCAAAUUGAAUACUACAUAGGUUUUUAACAUAUUUAA